CCGUGGGCUUCGCGCGGGUCGGAGCUGGGGCAGUCUUCGCGUUUGCACUUGCCUGACAGCGCGGGUGACGCUGGAAGACCCCGAGUUUUGAAGCUUCUUUAACUGCGAUCGUGAGGGUUCUGCUUCUCACUUUAUUCCCUGCUCCGGGCACUCCUUGGAAACUUAUCUUAUUUACUUGAAACAAACAAAUCUGGAAUCUUAGAAAUUCUUAAAUUUCUUAUUGGGCGUUGUGGCUAAUUUUAACCUUUUUAACAACACGCUCCUUUUACAUAAGUGAUGUGCUAGAUACUGCAUUCACCAGAGUUUUAGUGAUUGGAUCUGGAAGAAGUCAAUGAAGGGAUUUUAUUUUGCAAAACUAUACUAUGAAGCUAAAGAAUACGAUCUUGCUAAAAAGUAUAUAUCUACAUAUAUUAAUGUGCAAGAAAGAGAUCCCAAAGCUCACAGAUUUCUUGGUCUUCUUUAUGAAGUAGAGGAAAACAUAGACAAAGCUGUUGAAUGCUACAAGCGGUCAGUGGAAUUAAACCCAACGCAAAAAGAUCUUGUGUUGAAGAUUGCAGAACUGCUUUGUAAAAAUGAUGUUACUGAUGGAAGAGCAAAAUACUGGGUUGAAAGAGCAGCUAAACUUUUCCCAGGAAGUCCUGCAAUUUAUAAAUUAAAGGAACAGCUUUUAGAUUGUAAAGGUGAAGAUGGAUGGAAUAAACUUUUUGACCUGAUCCAGUCAGAACUUUAUACAAGACCUGAUGAUGUCCAUGUGAACAUCCGACUCUUAGAGCUGUAUCGCUCAAAUAAAAGAUUGAAGGAUGCUGUGGCCCACUGCCAUGAGGCAGAGAGAAACAUAACAUUGCGUUCAAGUUUGGAAUGGAAUUCAUGUGUUGUGCAGACUCUUAAGGAAUAUUUGGAAUCAUUACAGUGUGUGGAGUCUGAUAAAAGUAACUGGCAAGCAACCAAUAAAGACUUACUUUUGGCCUAUGCUAACCUUAUGCGUCUUACACUCUCAAGUAGAGAUGUGCAAGAAAGUAGAGAAUUAUUGGAAAGUUUUGAUAGUGCUCUUCAGUCUGUGAAAUCUUGUGUGGGUGGAAAUGAUGAACUCUCAGCUACUUUCUUAGAAAUAAAGGGACAUUUCUACAUGCAUGCCGGUUCUCUGCUUUUGAAGAUGGGUCAGCAUAGUGAUGUCCAAUGGCGAGCUCUCUCAGAGCUGGCUGCAUUAUGCUAUCUCAUAGCAUUUCAGAUUCCAAGACCAAAGAUUAAGUUAAUAAAAGGAGAAGCUGGACAAAAUCUGCUGGAAAUGAUGGCCUUUGAUCGUCUCAGUCAAUCAGGGCACAUGCUACUAAAUUUAAGUUGUGACAAGCAAGACUUUUUAAAAGAGGUGGUAGAAUCCUUUGCCAAUAAAAGUGGGCAGUCUGCUUUAUAUGAUGCUCUGUUUUCUAAUCAGUCAUCUAAGGAUAGAUCUUUUCUUGGAAGUGAUGAUAUUGGAAACAUUGAUGUACAAGCACCACAGCCUGAUGAUUUAGCUAGAUAUGAUGUUGGUGCCAUUCGAGCACAUAAUGGUAGUCUUCAGCACCUUACCUGGCUUGGCUUACAAUGGAAUUCAUUGCCUACUUUACCUGCAAUUCGAAAAUGGCUAAAACAGCUUUUUCAUCAUUUGCCCCAAGAAACUUCAAGACUUGAAACAAAUGCACCUGAAUCAAUAUGUAUUUUAGAUCUUGAAGUAUUUUUACUUGGUGUAAUAUAUACCAGCCACUUACAAUUGAAGGAGAAAUGUAAUUCUCACUAUAGCUUCUAUCAGCCACUAUGCUUGCCACUUCCUGUGUGUAAACAGCUCUGUACAGAAAGACAAAAGUCAUGGUGGGAUGCAGUUUGUAAUCUAAUUCACAGAAAAGCAAUACCUGGAACCUCAGCAAAAUUGCGACUUCUAGUUCAGCAUGACAUAAAUACUCUAAGAGGCCAGGAAAAACAUGGCCUUCAACCUUCUCUGCUUGUACAUUGGGCAAAAUGUCUUCACAUAACGGGUAGCAGUCUCAAUUCUUUUUAUGACCAACGAGAAUACAUAGGCAGAAGUGUUCAUUAUUGGAAGAAGGUGUUGCCAUUGUUGAAGACAAUAAAAAAGAAGAACAGUAUUCCUGAACCUAUCGACCCUCUGUUUAAACAUUUUCAUAGUGCAAACAUUCAGGCCUCUGAAAUUGGUGACUAUGAAGAAGAAGCACACAUAACAUUUGCUGUAUUGGAUGCAGUUAAUGGAAAUAUAGAAGAUGCUAUGACUGCUUUUGAAUCUAUAAAAAAUGUUGUUUCUUACUGGAAUCUUGCACUGAUUUUUCACAGAAAAGCAGAAGACAUUGAAAAUGAUGCCCUCUCUCCUGAAGAGCAAGAAGAGUGCAAAAAUUAUCUAAGAAAAACCAGGGAUUACCUAAUAAAGAUUAUAGAUGACAGUGAUUCAGAUCUUUCAUUGGUCAAAAAAUUACCUGUGCCCCUGGAGUCUGUAAAGGAAAUGCUUAGUUCAGUCAUGCAAGAACUCGAUGACUAUAGUGAAGGAGGUCCUUUUUAUAAAAAUGGUUCUUUGCGAAAUGCAGAUUCAGAAAUAAAACAUUCUACACCAUCUCCCACCAAGUACUCUCUAUCACCAAAUAAAAGUUAUAAGUAUUCUCCCAAAACACCACCUCGAUGGGCAGAAGAUCAGAAUUCUUUAUUGAAAAUGAUCUGCCAACAAGUAGAGGCCAUUAAGAAAGAAAUGCAGGAAUUGAAACUAAAUAACAGUAAUUCAGGAUCCCCUCAUCGUUGGCCUACAGAGAAUUAUGGACCAGAUUCAGUGCCUGAUAGCUAUCAGGGAUCGCAGACAUUUCAUGGGGCUCCAUUAACAGUUGCAACUACUGGCCCUUCAGUAUAUUAUAGUCAGUCACCAGCAUAUAAUUCCCAGUAUCUUCUCAGACCAGCAGCUAAUGUUACUCCCACAAAGGGUCCAGUUUAUGGAAUGAAUAGACUUCCACCUCAGCAGCAUAUUUAUGCAUAUUCACAACAGAUGCACACACCACCUGUGCAAAGCUCAUCUGCUUGCAUGUUCUCUCAAGAGAUGUAUGGUCCUCCCUUGCGUUUCGAGUCUCCUGCAACAGGAAUUCUGUCACCCAGGGGCGAUGAUUACUUUAAUUACAAUGUUCAGCAGGCCAGCACAAACCCACCUUUGCCAGAACCAGGUUAUUUUACAAAACCGGCAGUUGCAGCUCAUGCGUCAAGAUCUGCAGAAUCUAAGGUUAUAGAAUUUGGAAAAACUAAUUUUGUUCAACCUGUGCCAGGUGAAGGAAUAAGACCAUCUCUGACAACACCUGCACAUACAACUCAGCCAGCUCCUUUUAAAUUUAACUCAAACUUCAAAUCAAAUGAUGGUGACUUCACAUUUUCCUCACCACAGGUUGUAACACAGCCUCCUUCUACGACUUACAAUAAUAGUGAAAGUCUUUUAGGCCUCCUGACUUCAGAUAAACCUUUGCAAGGAGAUGGCUAUAGUGGCCCAAAAGCUGGUCAGACGAUUGUACAUCGAAAUACAUUCAACUUUGGAAGCAAAAAUAUGUCUGGAAUUUCAUUUACUGAAAACUUGGGCUCAAAUCAACAAAAGAAUUCUGGUUUUCUUCGAAGUGAUGAUAUGCUUACUUUUCACAGUCCAGGAAAGUCAGUAUUUGGAACACCUGCUCCAGAUCUGGCCAAUAAGAGUCAUGAAACAGAUGGAGGAAGUGCCCAUGGUGAUGAUGAUGAUGAUGGCCCUCAUUUUGAGCCUGUAGUGCCUCUUCCUGAUAAGAUUGAGGUAAAAACUGGUGAGGAAGAUGAAGAAGAAUUCUUUUGUAAUCGUGCAAAAUUGUUCCGUUUUGAUGCAGAAUCCAAAGAAUGGAAGGAACGCGGUAUUGGUAAUGUAAAAAUACUAAGGCAUAAAACAUCUGGUAAAAUUCGCCUUCUAAUGAGACGGGAGCAAGUAUUGAAAAUCUGUGCAAAUCAUUAUAUCAAUCCAGAUAUGAGACUGACACCAAAUGCUGGAUCAGACAGAUCUUUUGUGUGGCAUGCUCUUGAUUAUGCAGAUGAGUUGCCCAAACCAGAACAACUUGCUAUUAGAUUCAAAACUCCCGAAGAAGCAGCACUUUUCAAGUGCAAGUUUGAAGAAGCCCAGAACAUUUUAAAAGCCUCAGGAGCAAAUGUAACCGUAACAAGUCAGACUAUGAGAAUUGUGAAUGAAACCACAAGUCAUGAAAGUAAUGAUAUUUGCAAACCUGAUGUAGGAAACAUGAAUUUUGAAUUUCAAGUUGUAAAGAAAGAGGGGUCUUGGUGGCAUUGUAACAGCUGUUCAUUAAAGAAUGCUGCAACUGCUAAGAAAUGUGUAUCGUGCCAAAAUCUAAACCCAAACAGUAAGGAACUCCUUGGCCCAUCAUCAUCUGAAACUAUUUCUACUCUUAAAACAGGGUCAGAAAACACUCCAGAUAGAUUUGCAUUGAUGUCGCCAAAGAAAGAAGGUCACUGGGAUUGCAGCGUUUGUUUAGAAAGAAAUGAACCAACUGUAUCUAGAUGUUUUGCAUGCCAGAAUACAAAGACUGCUAACAAAAGUGGAUCUUUGUUUGUUCAGCAAACUUCCUUUAAAUUUGGCCAGGGAGAUCUUCCUAAAUCUGUUAACAGUGAUUUCAAAUCUGUUUAUUCUAUAAAGGAAGGACAAUGGGAUUGUAGUGAGUGCUUGGUGCGAAAUGAAGGAACGUCUACAAAAUGUGUUGCUUGUCAGAAUCAAAGAAAACAGAGUUUAUCUACUACUUCUACUUCAGCAUCUGCUGCUUUUAAGUUUGGUACUGCAGAGAUCAAUAAAACCCCAAAGAAUGGAUUUGAGGACAUGUUUGCUAAGAAGGAAGGACAGUGGGAUUGCAGUGAAUGUUUGGUAAGAAAUGAAGCAAAUGCUACAAAAUGUGUUGCCUGUCAGCAUCCAGCUAAACCAAAUCUGUCUACUACUGUUCCAGCACCUUCCUUUUUUAAGUUUAGUACUUCAGAGUCAAACAAGUCUACAAAGAGUGGAUUUGAAGGACUUUUCACUAAGAAAGAAGGACAGUGGGAUUGCACUAUGUGCUUGGUACGAAAUGAAGCAAAUGCUACCAAAUGUGUUGCUUGUGAGAAUCCGAAUAAACAGAACCAGCCCACUUCUGUUCCAGCACCUGGCUCUUCAGAUACAAGUAAGGCUCCAAAGAGUGGAUUUGAAGGACUUUUCACCAAGAAAGAAGGACAGUGGGAUUGCACUAUGUGCUUGGUACGAAAUGAAGCAAAUGCUACCAAAUGUGUUGCUUGUGAGAAUCCAAAUAAACAGAACCAGCCUACUUCUGUUCCAGCACAUAGCUCUUCAGAUACAAGCAAGGCUCUCAAGAGUGGAUUUGAAGGUGUGUUCACCAAGAAGGAAGGAAAGUGGGAUUGUAGUACUUGUUUUGUACAAAAUGAGAAUUCUUCUUUAAAAUGUGUGGCUUGUGAUGCUUCCAGACCAACUCAUAAAUCAAUUACUGAAGCUUCUUCAGCUUUCACAUUGGGCUCAAAACCAAAGUUAAAUGACUCUUCUGGAAAUCAGGUGGGAACAGGAUUUAAAAGUAACUUUUCUGAAAAAUCUUUUAAAUUUGGCAGUACAGAACAAGGAUUUAAAUUUGGACAUGUGGAUCAAGAAAAUAUACCUUCAUUUACAUUUCAGGGUUCUUCUAAUACAGACUCUAAGUCAACAAAAGAAGGAUUUAGCUUUUCUAUCCCUAUGUCUGCUGAUGGACUUAAAUUUGGCAUUCAGGAGCUGGGAAAUCAAGAGAAGAAUGAAAAUAUUGAAAAUGAUACUGGCUUUCAGGCUCAGGAUGUUAAUAAUCAGAGGAAUGGUAGUGGUGUGUUUUUUGGUCAGACUGGUAGCACUUUUACCUUUGCAGAUCUUGCAAAAUCAACUUCAGGAGAAGGGUUUCAGUUUGGCAAAAAAGACCCUAAUUUCAAGGGAUUUUCAGGUGCUGGAGAAAAAUUAUUCUCAUCACAAAGUGGUAAAAUGCCUGGUAAAGCUGACACAUCUGCUGACCUGGAGAAAGACGAUGAUGCCUAUAAGACUGAGGAUAGUGAUGACAUCCAUUUUGAGCCAGUAGUUCAGAUGCCUGAAAAAGUGGAACUUGUAACAGGAGAAGAAGAUGAAAAAGUUCUUUAUUCACAGCGGGUAAAAUUAUUUAGAUUUGAUGCUGAGAUAAGCCAGUGGAAAGAAAGAGGUUUGGGAAACUUAAAAAUUCUCAAAAAUGAAGUCAAUGGCAAACUAAGAAUGCUAAUGCGAAGAGAACAGGUACUAAAAGUAUGUGCUAAUCAUUGGAUAACAACUACAAUGAACCUGAAGCCUCUCUCUGGAUCAGAUAGAGCAUGGAUGUGGUUAGCUAGUGAUUUUUCCGAUGGUGAUGCCAAGCUAGAGCAGUUAGCAGCAAAAUUUAAAACACCAGAGCUUGCUGAAGAGUUCAAGCAGAAGUUUGAGGAAUGCCAGCGACUUCUGUUAGAUAUACCACUUCAAACGCCCCAUAAACUUGUAGAUACUGGUAGAGCUGCCAAGUUAAUACAGAGAGCUGAGGAAAUGAAGAGUGGACUAAAAGACUUUAAAACGUUUUUGACAAAUGAUCAAACAAAAGUAACUGAUGAAGACAGUAAGAGUUCAGGUACAAGUGCUUUAGACAUAUCCACCAAACCAAAUCCUGAAAACACGGGACCCACAUUAGAGUGGGAUAACUAUGACUUAAGGGAAGAUGCUUUGGAUGAUAGUGUAAGUAGUAGCUCAGUACAUGCUUCUCCAUUGGCAAAUAGCCCUGUGAGGAAAAAUCUCUUCCGCUUUGGUGAGUCAACAACAGGAUUUAACUUCAGUUUUAAAUCUGCUUUGAGUCCAUCUAAAUCUCCUGCCAAGUUGAAUCAGAGUGGGACCUCAGUUGGCACUGAUGAAGAAUCUGAUGUCACUCAAGAGGAAGAGAGAGAUGGACAGUAUUUUGAACCUGUUGUACCUUUACCUGAUCUGAUUGAAGUGUCCAGUGGUGAAGAAAAUGAACAAGUUGUUUUUAGUCACAGAGCAAAACUCUAUAGAUAUGAUAAAGAUGUUGGUCAGUGGAAGGAAAGGGGCAUUGGUGAUAUAAAGAUUUUACAGAAUUAUGAUAAUAAGCAAGUUCGCAUAGUAAUGAGAAGGGACCAGGUAUUAAAACUUUGUGCCAAUCACAGAAUAACUCCAGACAUGACUUUGCAAAAUAUGAAAGGAACAGAAAGAGUGUGGGUGUGGACAGCAUGUGACUUUGCAGAUGGAGAAAGAAAAGUAGAACAUUUAGCUGUUCGUUUCAAACUACAAGAUGUUGCAGACUCAUUUAAGAAAAUAUUUGAUGAAGCAAAAAUAGCUCAAGAAAAAGAUUCUUUGGUAACACCUCAUGUUUCUCAUUCAACCACUCCCAGAGAGUCACCAUGUGGCAAAAUUGCUGUAGCUGUAUUGGAAGAAACUACAAGAGAGAGGACAGAUUUAAUUCCGAGUGACAUUGUAGCAGAUGCGGCAUCAGAAAUUGAAGUGUCUGGCACAUCUGAAACAUCAACAAAAGCAGUGGUUUCUCCUCCAAAGUUUGUAUUUGGUUCAGAAUCUGUUAAAAGCAUUUUUAGUAGUGAAAAAUCAAAGCCAUUUGCAUUUGGCAACAGUUCAGCUACUGGAUCUUUGUUUGGAUUUAGUUUUAAUGCACCUAGUUCAGUAGUCCAGAGUGGAUCUGAAAGAAAAGUGGAACUGAAUAAUUACGAACAGUCAAAGAACUCUGAUAUCAAACAAUCUUCAGAUGGUAAAAUCAGACAUCUUUUUGCUGCUUUUCCGAAAGAGGAGUCCUCAACUAAUUAUACAUUUAAAACACCAGAAAAGGCAAAAGUGGAGAAAAAACAUGAAGAUACAUCCUCAGAUGACGACGUACUCAUUGUAUACGAGCUAAUCCCAACGCCUGAGCAAAAAGCUCUUGCAAGCAAACUUAAACUCCCUCCAACUUUCUUCUGCUAUAAGAAUAGACCAGAUUAUGUUAGCGAAGAUGAGGAGGAUGAUGAAGAUUUUGAAACAGCUGUCAAGAAACUUAAUGGAAAAUUAUAUCUGCAGGAUUCAGAAAAGUGUAGAUCCUUAGAAGAAAAUCUGGCAGAUAAUGAGAAAGAAUGUGUUAUUGUUUGGGAAAAGAAACCAACAGUUGAAGAGAAGGCAAAAGCAGAUAUAUUAAAGCUUCCGCCUACAUUUUUUUGUGGAGUCUCCAGUGAUACUGAUGAAGACAACGGAAAUGGGGAAGACUUUCAGUCAGAGCUUCAAAAAGUUCAGGAAGCUCAAAAAUCCCAGAACGAGGAAAUAACUAGCACAACUAACAGUGUGUGUACAGAUGGAAGUAAUGUGACCGUCCCAUUUUUAUGUAAAUCUGAAGAAUCUGAUUUUAAGAUCAAGUCUGUUAGUUCACCACCUAUUUCUUCUGGAACUUUGGACAAACCUGUAGAUUUGUCUACUAGAAAGGAAAAUGAAGCAGAUCCUACAAGCCAAGUAGAAAGCAAAGCUGUUUCAUUUGGAUUUGGAAGUAGCACAGGGCUGUCAUUUGCAGACUUGGCUUCCAGUAAUUCUGGGGAUUUUGCUUUUGGUUCUAAAGAUAAAAAUUUCCAGUGGGCAAAUACUGGAGCAACUGUUUUUGGAACACAACCAGCCAGUAAAGUUGGCGAAGAUGAAGAUGGUAGUGAUGAAGAAGUAGUUCAUAAUGAAGAUAUCCAUUUUGAACCAAUAGUGUCACUACCAGAGGUAGAAGUAAAAUCUGGAGAAGAAGAUGAAGAAAUUUUAUUUAGAGAGAGAGCCAAACUCUAUAGAUGGGAUCGAGAUGUCAGUCAGUGGAAGGAGCGCGGUGUUGGAGAUAUAAAGAUUCUUUGGCAUACAAUGAAGAAUUACUAUCGGAUCCUAAUGAGAAGGGACCAGGUCUUUAAAGUAUGUGCAAACCAUGUUAUUACCAAAACAAUGGAAUUAAAACCCUUAAAUGUUUCCAAUAAUGCGUUAGUUUGGAUUGCCUCAGAUUAUGCUGAUGGAGAAGCAAAAGUGGAACAACUUGCAGUAAGAUUUAAAACUAAGGAAAUGGCUGAUUGUUUUAAGAAAAAAUUUGAAGAAUGUCAACAGAAUUUAUUGAAACUCCAGAAAGGACAGGUAUCGCUGACAGCAGAAUUAUCAAAGGAAACAAAUCCUGUGGUCUUUUUUGAUAUUUGUGCAGAUGAUGAACCUCUGGGACGUAUAACCAUGGAAUUACUUUCAAACAUUGUUCCUCACACUGCUGAGAAUUUCAGAGCACUAUGCACUGGAGAAAGGGGCUUUGGUUUCAAGAACUCCAUUUUUCACAGAGUAAUUCCAGAUUUUGUUUGCCAAGGGGGAGAUAUCACCAAACAUGAUGGAACAGGAGGACGCUCCAUUUAUGGAGAUAAAUUUGAAGAUGAAAAUUUUAAUGUGAGACAUACUGGUCCUGGAUUACUAUCUAUGGCCAAUCGAGGCCGGGAUACCAAUAAUUCUCAAUUCUUUAUAACACUGAAAAAAGCAGAACAUUUGGACUUUAAACAUGUAGUAUUUGGGUUUGUUAAGGAUGGCAUGGAUACCGUGAAAAAGAUAGAAUCAUUUGGUUCUCCUAAAGGGUCUGUUAGUCGAAGAAUUAUUAUCACAGAAUGUGGACAGAUAUAAAAUCAUUGUUUUUCAUAGUAAAUUUUACCUGUAAAACAGUUGAAUUGAGGCUUAGCUGUUAUAAAAAAAUGGCAAUUAUGUUCAGCUUUUGAAAUGGACAUUUCCAAUGUAUAAAUGUAAAAUUGCAGCUUAUAGCUGUUGUCACUUUUUAAUGUGUUAUAAUUAACCUUGCAUGGUGUGAAAUAAAAGUUUAAACACUGGUGUAUUUCAGGUGUACUUGUGUUUAUGUACUCCUGACAUAUCUGUAUUAAAAUGGAAUAAUACUAAACUUGUUAAAAGCAAUAGACCUUCUCAAACUAUUGAAGGAAUUGAUAUAUGCAAUUUAAUUUUAAUUCCUUUAAGAUACUGGACUUCCUGCAUGCAUGUGCAUAUAUUAUUUGAAUAAAGGGACCACAGUUUGGUUAAUUAUAAUUUUAGAUUUGAAAUAUAUUUGGUAUUUUACCUACUGGUGUAUUCAUUUUGCAUAUUCAUUUAUGAAUGCUUAGAGCCACAGAGGAUAGAGACUUAACCAAAGUGCUCUUCUAUAAUCCAUACAUCUUCUGUAUAGUUUGUUACUUUUCAAGUAGACUGCCUUCUUUUAUCUAGCUUCCUGUGCCCUUACAAUGGCUUUAAAUUAAUUUUUACAUUUUAAACAAGUUGAGUUUUUUUUUUUUUUUUUUUAAUUUUUCUGUCAUCUGUUUCUACUACCUCAAACUGCAGCUUGGUUCUGAUAGAACUUGAUUUUUUCCUUGCAGUUAUUGUGAUAAAUUAUGAAUAUUUUAAGAAGGUCUAUACCAUGUUCUUUGGUUAAAGAUUGCUUUAUAUACUAGAUUGUAGCAGUACCUUUUUCUGGUGAAUUUUGUAGCAAAAAUAAAGUGAGAUU